UUUUUUAUUUUGAAAGCUGAAAAAGGUUUUUUUUUUUUUUUGUUUUUAUUCCGGAAGAUAGCGAAGACAGAGGAAGGAAGAUGCAGGCGAGUGUUGAAUCUGAAAGAGAAGAAGAGGUUCUCCUCGACGAUAAUGGCUUCCCGCUGAUGGGCGUGAGUAAUGAAGACGAUGAAGAGGGAAACGAGUCAAUUAGCGGGCAGAUAGAUGAGAGUUUUGCAUCAGAUUUCUACUGCAGUGGAACAGAUUGGUCCUGCUUGUUGCCGGAAAAUGGGGGCGAUUAUCAUGGUGAAGUAUCUUGCGAUGAGAAGCCUCCAAUCUCAUCAGAGAAGAAGCUGAAGCAGGCAGAUUUAUUUCAGAUGUGGGGAUUGGGGAAGAAGAAGCAGCGGCUAAUCAAUCCCCAAGACCAGCGCACUGCUCUCUCCAGCUUUCUUCUACCUCCUUCCAAUACCGACAAAAUACUGAAGACUGCUAAUUUUGCUACUUUCCCAGAAAAGACAUCUCCUUCCCAUGCUCUGUCAACGGAUAUAAGGAAGAGAGUCAGGGGGCCUCCCCAAAAUGGGAACCGUCAUUGUCCUUUCUACAAGAAAAUUCCAGGAACUCCCUUCACAGUGGACGCCUUCCGUUAUGGGCGUAUUCAAGAGUGCUCUGCAUAUUUCCUUACCCAUUUUCACUCUGAUCACUACGGUGGACUUACCAAAGCCUGGCCUCACGGUCCCAUAUAUUGCAGCCCUCUCACUGCCACGCUUCUUAGGAUAUGUCUCUCUGUCAAUCCAUCGCUAAUGCAUCCAUUGGAAUUAAGUAUAGAACAUUGUAUUGAAGGAAUCAAAGUAACUUUACUGGAAGCCAAUCAUUGCCCGGGGGCUGUUCUUAUCCACUUCCGUCUUCCAGAUGGAAAAUGCUAUUUGCAUACUGGAGAUUUUAGGGCUUCUAAACAGAUGAAGACUUACCUUCCGCUAGUAAACCAUCGAGUUAAUGUGCUUUACCUAGAUACAACAUAUUGCAACCCAAAAUACAAGUUCCCGUCCAAAGAUGAAGUAUUAAGUUAUGUUGUCAAAGUCACCGAGGCCUGCCUCAAAAAGCAACCCAAAACUCUCGUAGUAGUUGGGGCAUAUAGCAUUGGUAAAGAAUGUGUUUAUCUUGCCAUUGCCAAGGCAUUAAAGGUUAAAAUAUUUGCAAAUGCUUCAAGGAGACGGGUUCUAAAAUCUUUUGGUUGGCCUGAUCUGUCUGGGAGCCUUUGCACAGAUGGAAAACACACACUUCUUCAUGUGCUUCCCAUCUCAUCUCUGCGGUUUGAGAGCUUGAGAGACUACUUGAAGACGUAUAAGAAUCAAUACACAGCAGUUUUGGCAUUUCGGCCAACAGGUUGGACUUACUCUGAGACUGUAGGCAACCAACUUGAUCGAAUUAGACCCAGUUCCAAAGGCAAUAUCACAAUUUAUGGAGUUCCAUAUAGUGAGCACUCAAGCUUCACAGAAUUACGAGAGUUUGUUCAGUUUUUGAGACCUGAGAAGAUAAUUCCUACUGUGAAUGUUGGGAAUGCUGCUAGUCGAGACCAGAUGCAAUCCUACUUUCGGGAAUGGCUCAGAAACUGAAAAUUUUCAAUUCUGGUAAAUUGAAAGUUGGACAUGCCAAUAUAUGGAACUUCAGUCUCUAAUUUGGUGAAAGUCGACUCUAUAUGCAUGUUGAACAUCAUGUGAGUGUAAGCAAACCAUUGAAGAUUUAACAUAGGCGUGGGAAGAACAAAUUGGUUGGUAGACCAAUAACAGAAACAGUCAAAAUUGCAAAACAAUUUGGCGAAAACGCUUUCCUUGUUGCUCCAGGAUGGGUUUUUGUUUGACAACCUUGUCCAUGGGAGAUGUGCAUAAAACAAGGCUUCGAGGAGAGAGUUUAGAUGAAGUUUUUGUUUUUGAGGUGGAUGAGCAGAAGAGGUUUGAUGCUUAAUUCUUAUGAGAUGGCAAGUGGUCAUAAAUUUUCUUGACAGCAGAAAUGCAACUUCCUAGUAAUUGGCUUAUUGAAGUGCGGAAGUUCCACGUUUUUUAAAUUUCAUCAUAUUGUGCUGCUGGCCGGUUGUCAUAGUUCUGUUGAAUCAGGGCCCGGCCAACUGAUUACCUUAACAUUGCUGGACACUAAAGCUUUGUAUAUAUUGCUCCAACCGAAAUGAUAGAAUCAAUCAACUACUACAACUACAUGGAAUAUCACGUUAUUCAACUGUCGAGUGCAGCUACCCCAAAGGUGAUCGAUUGCAUGCAAGCAGGGACAUAAAGUUACCUCAUUUACAUAUUAUUCAAAGACCUGUUUUGCCGCCGAUCACCCCUAAUUUGCAGCCCCAAUACAACAGCAGGUUGCUACUUGAAGCAAGAAUAUUCCCUUCACAGACACCCAGAGAAGCAGAGCAGGGAUGCCUCCACGGCCACUAGGUGGAAAUGGUCAUGAUCCUUGAGAGUGAGGAGGUGACUCUAACCACAACAACAUGGAAUUGGCAUCCUACUGAUUAUCAUUUUUUGUUUUUCUGUUCCAUAGCUUGAUUAGGCAUUAUUUACCUCAAUAAUUUCUUAAAUCAAAUUGUAUAAAUGUUAUUUUCUUUAAUAAUUUAAUAAAAAUAAACUAU